GUGCCUGUGGGCAAGAGAGAGAGACAGAGAGAGAGAGGCAACCUGCCAAGCUGCAUGCUUUUCUUGGCCUCACGCUUGUUCCAUGUUCGAGCACACAUUGCACGCAGCCGCAGCCCUCUCCUCCUCUCCUCUUCUCCCAACAAAGACCUCGCCUCGCCUCGGCUCACCUGAGUAGCCAAGUACCUGGCCGUAGCAAUGGAUCCACCCUUCUUCUUCCUCCUAUUGCUGCUGCUGCUGCUGCUGUCCUCCCCUUCGGCCGCCCUCCUCUCCGCCAAGGGCGUCAACACCGAAGUGCAAGCUCUGAUUGUGAUCAAGAACCUGCUCAGGGAUCCCCAUGGCGUGCUCAAGAGCUGGGACCAGAACUCCGUCGAUCCCUGCAGCUGGGCCAUGAUCACCUGCUCGCCGGAGUCCCUCGUCACCGGCCUGGAAGCUCCAAGCCAGCAUCUUUCUGGCCUGCUCGCCCCAAGCAUCGGCAACCUGACCAAUCUUGAGACUGUUCUCCUGCAGAACAACAACAUAACUGGGCCAAUCCCGGCAGAGAUCGGCAGGCUGGCAAGCCUCAAGACUCUUGACCUCUCCAGCAACCAAUUCUAUGGCGAAAUCCCCAACUCUGUGGGCCACCUCGAGAGCCUCCAGUACUUGAGGCUCAACAACAACACCCUGUCUGGCCCAUUCCCUUCUGCAUCAGCUAACCUGUCACACCUUGUUUUCCUAGAUUUGUCGUAUAACAACCUGAGUGGCCCGAUUCCGGGAUCAUUGGCAAGAACAUACAACAUAGUGGGGAAUCCCCUCAUCUGCGACGCCAACCGGGAGCAAGACUGCUACGGGACAGCGCCGAUGCCAAUCUCCUACAGCCUGAACGGCUCGCAGGCCGGCGCUCUGCCGCCGGCGAGAACGAAGGGCCGCAAGUUCGCCGUCGCGUUCGGCUCCACGGCCGGCGUCAUGGGCUUCCUCCUCCUCGCCGCCGGGUUCCUGUUCUGGUGGCGCCACCGCCGCAACCGCCAGAUCCUCUUCGACGUCGACGACCAGCACCUGGAGAACGUCAACCUUGGGAACGUGAAGAGGUUCCAUUUCAGGGAGCUGCAGGCGGCGACGGACAGCUUCAGCAGCAAGAACAUCCUGGGCAAGGGCGGGUUCGGCAACGUGUACAGGGGGCAGCUCCCCGACGGGACGCGGGUCGCCGUGAAGCGGCUCAAGGACGGCAACGCCGCCGGCGGCGAGGCGCAGUUCCAGACGGAGGUGGAGAUGAUCAGCCUGGCGCUCCACCGCAACCUCCUCCGCCUCUACGGUUUCUGCAUGACCGCCACCGAGCGCCUCCUCGUCUACCCCUACAUGUCCAACGGCAGCGUCGCGUCCAGGCUGAAAGCGAAGCCGGCGCUGGAGUGGGCGACGAGGAAGAGGAUCGCGGUGGGGGCGGCGAGGGGGCUGCUGUACCUGCACGAGCAGUGCGACCCGAAGAUCAUCCACAGGGACGUGAAGGCGGCGAACGUGCUGCUGGACGACGGCUGCGAGGCCGUCGUCGGCGACUUCGGGCUGGCCAAGCUGCUGGACCACCGGGAGUCGCACGUGACGACGGCGGUGCGGGGCACCGUCGGCCACAUCGCGCCGGAGUACCUGUCGACGGGGCAGUCGUCGGACAAGACCGACGUGUUCGGCUUCGGCAUCCUGCUGCUGGAGCUCGUCACCGGCCAGACCGCGCUCGAGUUCGGCAAGUCCUCCAACACCAAGGGCGCCAUGCUUGACUGGGUGAAGAAGAUGCACGAGGAGAAGAAGCUGGAGGUGCUGGUGGACAAGGGGCUCCGGCGCGGCUACGACCAGGUGGAGCUGGAGGAGAUGGUGCAGGUGGCGCUGCUCUGCACCCAGUACCUCCCCGCCCACCGCCCCCGCAUGUCCGACGUCGUCCGCAUGCUCGAGGGCGACGGCCUUGCCGACCGCUGGGAGGCCUCUCACUCGCACUCGCUGCCCGACCACAGGUCCUCCUCGUCUUCCUCCUCGCUCCACCCGCCGCCGCCGCCGCCGCCGGACUUCGCCGCCUCCUCCUUCGGCCGCUGCUUCUCCGACCUCACCGACGACUCCUCCCUGCUCGUCCAGGCCGUCGAGCUCUCCGGUCCCAGAUGACACCACGUCCGCCAUGUCACACUGGCCCCCGCCGCCGCCGAUGAGGACGGCGCACGCUAGCAUGCAGAUGCAGAUGCAGCAGCGAAGCUACUAUGGCUUCUUGUACAGCAUGGGAGCAGGUAGCUAAUCCAUAUACUUAUACUGAGGUAAUUACUAAUUAAUCAGUGAUGUGUGUAUCAUCUUAGAUGAACUGUAAAAAAAAAGAAGACCAGGGCAAGCCUUAUUGUGCUUGAUGUUAAUAGUAGUAGUGUUAUUAGUAUAGGUUCAAUUAAUAGUUGAGAGAACAUACGACUGAUUGUAAGUAAGAGGUAACAAGCUUCGAUCUCUUGAAGCUUUUAAGGUUUUCUUUUUUCUCUUGCAGGUUUGUUUGAUAAAAUUUGUUCGUCAUUUCUUCUGCAAACAUGACAGAUUACAACCUUAGGGGUAACAUAGAUGACUUGGAGUAACAUAUACUACCUCCGUUUUAUA